CUAUCAUCAUCAUCUUUCCUUGUUUUUUUAUCGUGUGUUCCUGGUCUGUUUCUUGUGCCUGACCAACCUGACCCGCACCCGACCAACACAUCAAUCAGCCCCAUUAUUAUUAUUUAUCGUCACUCUUCUUCUCCUUCUUCUUCUCUCCGAUUCAAUCCAGAACCCCCUGGACCGACACCAAUGCGCUGUCCCUCCCUCAGCGAAUCGAACUCAAGGCGAAAGUGAGAGAUUUCGGCCUGAUCGGUCGAUGCCCCGCCGGGGCAAUCCAAUCCAAUCCAAUCCAGUGCAUGCCCUGCUAUCUGCUAUACAGCGGUCAACCAUCACAUCACCUCAUAUACACACCAUCCUUCCUCCUACCACUACUACACUCUCUAAAUAUCAAUAUCCCACUAUACCAACAACAACCAAUGGCCGGGGUCCGCAUCCACCGUCGUCGCCGCUACCACUGGCCCGAACUCCAACUCAACAUAUGGAUCCUCGUGGCGCUCUCUUCGUCCGCCAUCUGCCUCGGUAUCUUCGCCUGGUUCAUGACCGUGCAGAAUGAGUUGCAUUUGGAUAUUCCUUGGAUAUUCCCAUACAUGGUCGUCUCCGGCGCCCUAGGAAUCUUCUUCGUCAUCCUGAUCCUGGUCCUCGCCGCGCAGCGCUUCCUCCUCCCCGGCAUCAUCAUCGUCGGGAGCUUCAUCCUCUUCGUGCUGUGGCUGACCGGCCUCGUCGAGACCUCGCUGCAGCUGUACGGCGUCGUCGCCGACGUCGAUAGCAAUUGUCGCAAUUAUAUCACCGAGUGGGGCCAUCCGCAGGGUGAUAAUGUUUAUUCCAUGGCUUGGUUGACCGAGGAUACCAUUUGUAACUGCUGGAAAACAGCUUUCGCAUUCGAGCUCGUCAAUACCAUCUUCUACGUCUGGAUGAUUGUCAUGUCGUGGCAGGUGAAUCGGGAUAUAUAUCGCUGAUUUUCUUCUCCCUCUUCUCCUUCUCUCUCCGACUCCCUCCUUCUCCUUCCCCUUUGUUUUUUCCUCGCUCUUGUUAUGCCUGGGUUUGGGGUGGGUAUGUUAUGACUACUACGAUUAUGUUUACUUCAAUGGCCUAUGGCUUACUUAUGAUCCGAUAUCGAUAUGGAUAUGAUAUGGAUAUGAUAUGAUAUGGCCAUGGAUGCAUGUGUACGAAUGAAACGCGAAUGAAUAAAUGAACAAAGUUACAUAUCAAC